AUGCCAUUGCGACAGAAUGCAACUCCCAGCUUAGGAGAAGGAGACUGGGUCUUCGUUGAAGAACAGUGGUGGCGCACCCCUUUUGACUCCGUUUCAUGGUCGUAUCCCCUGGACACGAAACAAGAAGGCACAGCUCCUACGUGCAAUAUUGUGUACGCGAAGCCCCCCUACAAUCAUCACUCUCACUCGGAGUCGCCCCCUGCCGAUGCAAUGUGCCUUUCAUCAGCCACUAUGGCUAGUGUCGAGGGGGAUGUGCGGGCUUACGAAGACGACGGGCGCGCUGGAACGGGUACGGAAAUGGAGCUCAGCUCGGAGUUGAUUGGUGUCAAAGGUGCUGUGGAUAUCCUACUCCCUUACGAGAUAAACGUCGGCUUUUUCUAUGCGACACAAUCGCACUCCCCAGCCGACUCCGAAUUCCCACCAUCAGACUUCAAGGCACGGAGGCUGAACGUCUCAGAUGAGGAGCUCGUACAUGGACGUGCGUACUGGGACGAUAUCGUACAGAAAGUAACCGGAGGUCUCGUACUGGACGCACGUUUUGGUGAAGACGAGGACUCUCCUACCGGCUCGUGGACAAGCGAUUUCAGCCCCUUGACGAGCAGCACAGGCCUCCACAGCAGUACUUCUACUCUGUCAAGCAUCGAUUUGAGCAAUCUUGAUCUUCCGUUGACCCCUCGGGUAACGACAAAUGAAGAUGUAGCCGUGCACGAUUCGUCGUCAAACAUCGCUAGCCCCCAAUUCCACCUUUCGAGUCGUCUGAACGCGACAGCAUCAACGUUUGUUCCGUCUUUUCACUCCGCCAAGCCAGUCGAUUCGAGUUCAGACCCUUCACUGCCGUCAUUGAACAACUUCACAUUCCCUUCUAUCGACCGACCUACCUCUGUGAAGAUUACCAAGGAUGACCAAGGCUUUGUCACCGAGGUCGAAGUUGAGGCUGAAACCACUUCUUCAAAGCCUUCCUCCGCCCCACAAUCCAGGUCAUCUUCGGCCCUCCUCCCGGCCUUCCUUCAUGAACCCACUCGUCGGAAGGCACCAGCUUCCAAGACUCGCGCAAUCGUCGACAAGUUACGCUCUUCCGCUUCCAACCAAAGCUCGAGGUCCGAUUGGACCAUCGUAGACGGUAGUGAUAACCGAACGAAAAGCGCGAGCAUCACACCAGCACGUAGCCCCAAUUUUGACAUUACGGACUUUAUGACGCCUCGGACGUCUAUGUCGGAAAACGGAGGAGACGGGGAGCGAGACACUGAUGGAGCAUCAUCUCUGGAGCCUGAUGAAGAGGGCUGGUUCACUUGUGGCUCAGGCGAGCGUGACGAGCCGUCACACGGAAACGAGGCCCAGGAUGCAAGCGAACCUACGACUGAGGCGUUUACCAGUGACAAGGCGAAGCGGGCCCAAGCGUUGUUCUUGGCUUUGAACCGACAUCGCGGUUCCACUUCUCCGGAUGGUAAAACAACGAACUCGACAUCCUCUGGGGUUUGCGACGAAAACAUGGCUGCGCGCGCGGAAUCGGCUGCGGCCGCUCUUAAGCACCUGUCCAUCUCUUCAAUUUUCCAGAAGCGCGCAGAAUCCCGUGGUUCGUCGUCGAGUCCUAAUCCCAGUUCUAAGAAGCAAAGCAAACGAUCGACACCAACAACGCAGCCCCCUCGCCCCUUGUCUAUCUCCAUACCAACACCACAGCAUCAUGCCUUCACCCCCGCCAUCCCCUCAUUUCCCUAUGCCACCAUCCCAUCUCAGUUUCCUGUCCCAACAAACGUGGCCUUGUUACCGUACAUGACAACUCAUCAUCCUUACAUUCCAAGUAUGCAGCCCCUUCCAAAUCACUACCUACAGGUGCAGAUGCAGAUGCAACUUCAACUCCAGGUGCAAGGGUUCGUCCCAGGACCCCCAACACUUCGACCGACAAGUGUGGGCGAUUGGAUCGUUCCUUCCCGCGUUCAACCAGGCGGCGUCAAUUUGAAAGUUGGUUCGAAUGUACCCCAUCUCUCAUCCGCGCCAACGCUUGACCAUCCAAUAUGGUGA